AUGGACCCUUUAAACUUCUUCUUCAUCGUCGUCGUCGUCAUCCUACUAUCGUUCUUUCAACCAUUUUUGACCAAUGGUGAACUCUGCUCCGCGGUUUCAUGCAGCAAUGUUAUAGUUGAGUACCCUUUCCGGCUCACAAAUCAACCCGAUUGCUGCGGCCAUCCCGACUUCAACCUCUCAGUCUCAUGCAGAAGCAGAUACCAUUUGCCAGACCAAACGAUCAUUUCCCAUCUUCCGGUGACUUCGGGGUCGAAACCAUCGAUUAUUCCACUCCCUACUUACUGCUCACUGAUCCUUGCAUGCCCAAACGCCUUCUUAAGGGAUUCGAUCUCUCCGUCGACACCGUUGAGUUCAUGUCUAGAGCUAGCAGAGAUUUCGGUCCCCCUUCGCAGUCCAGGUUGGCCGACGAACUAUAUUGAUGAUAUUCUGUUAACAUGGGAACAACCCUAUUGCGUGUUUCCACCAUGUAAUCACUGUGAAAGUAAUUGCGAGUCAGAAAAUGGCGAUGGUGAAUGCUCCAGAAAGAAAAGAGGUCUCUCAAGCGGUACGAAAUAUGCUGUGAUUUUCAUCGUGGGAACACCCAUCUCCUUGAUUGCGGUGUGUAUUAUUUAUUACAACAUUAGAGUCCAUUGUUAUGACCAUCGCCACCAGCCAAAUGCCGAAAUCUCCAGCUUGACUGAAGAGCAGCAAUUAGCUGAUAUUACUGUAAAUGGUCUCGAUGGUUCAAGGAUCGAAGCCUAUCCAAUUACAUUGCUGGGUGAAAACUUCGAGCUUCCAAGGCCUAAUGAUAAUACAUGUUCAAUAUGUCUAUCGGAAUAUCAAGCCAAAGAGACAAUAAGAACCAUACCUGAUUCCAAUCACUACUUUCAUGCUAAUUGCAUUGAUGAGUGGUUUAAACUAAAUGCAGCUUGCCCUGUCUGUCGCAAUACGCCGGAUCAUGACUCUGCUCGUUUGAUCACCCGUUCCACAUCAGCUUUCUCAUCGAGACCACCAUUAUAG